AUGUGCUUUUUUGAGCAGUCUCUUUGGGCCUGCGGCCUCUUCAAGUGGGGGAACAUGCGGAAUCAGUGUCUGAAGGAGAAGCGAAUCGGCGAAACCUGCGGGCUUAGGCUCAUAUAUGCGACUACCUAUCAUAAAGGCCCUUGCAAGAUCUGCCAGGACUUGUCACGAAAAUCGAGAAGGGUCCAAAAGAUGAACUCGGAUAUCGCUAGAUGGCGACUUGACGGAAACCGCCCUGCAACGAUCGAAGCCACCGGAGAAGAACUCAGGCUGCUCCAAAACAGCGUUCGGAAUUUACAGACAAGACACCUUGCCGGUACAAUCUUUGGAUCCAAAAGGCAGUCGGAAAAUGAUGCGAAGCCCAGUGUUAAACGGCGAGUGGUAGCGCGUCGGCCCGCUGUGGGCGAGCAGCUGUAA